GUCAGAAACGAAAUUGGAAGAUACAACUAAAACAGAUGCAACAGAUACAACAUAUGACAACCUUGUAGAGGAGAUAUUCCUCACAAACACCCGUCAAGUCACAGCAGCAGCUGACUCAGAUGUAGAUACUCCCAGAGCUGGGUGGCAGCCAGAAACUGGGAGCUCUUCUGGGACACCGCCAGCACAGAGAAGUGACAAAAAGGAAGGAGCCAAGAGUGGAGUUAGAGGCAGCAUCAGUGUAAGAGAGGAGAAGAAAGCGUUCACUUCUCUGUUGGAGACACUGAAGAUGUUAGAGGUGGAAUCAGAGGAGGCACUGAGCGAGGCUAAGAGUUCCAGCAUCAUCAUACCCCCAACUCCUAAACUUACGCAAGGAGAAGUCUACAGAUUGGAUAGGUUUGGAGCAAGUGAACUGCACACCGGGGGUGUCAUGCAGAGUGGUAAGAUAAAGAGUCUCCUCAACUUCCUGGAUCACGUCGAUAACACUUCCACUCCCUCUGAAGUCGACUCACUGACAUCAUAUCCUCAGACCUCAGCAGCAGCCCUGGAACAACGGCGUCUGUACAAUGUUAGCGCUGCAGUGGAGGAAGUAACUGAGAACAUCAAGGACACUCAGAACAAACUGAACUGUAAGGGAGAGCAGAUAGAGAUCCUCAAGUCAGAGCUGUCUACCACAUCCAACAAAACUGCUCAACUUCAAGCUCAGAUAUUUGCCACUAAAUUAGAAAGUGAUGAGAAGGCUAAAGCGGUAGCGAUGUUAAGAAGAGCACUUGAUGAACAAAGAGAUCUUACUCUUCGUCUUACUAGUGAACAGGAGAAAGAUGCUCAACAACGGUUGUCAAACCAAAAAACAGAGUACGAGACCACAAUUCAGAGACAUCUCGGUUUUAUUGACCAGCUCAUUGCUGACAAGAAAGACUUGAGUGAUAAGGUUGAGACUUUGAUGACACAGCUUCGAAGCACCGAAAAGAAGCUGGGUGAUAGGGUAAAGCUUCUCGAAGAGGGUCAAAAGGUUGAGGUGAAGAAGCAAAGAGAGGCCAUUGAAGCCGCGGAAAAGAUCAAAAGAGAGCGGUGGAUCGCUGAAAAGUCGAACAAGAUAAAAGAGAUGACAGUAAGAGGACUGGAACCCGAGAUACAGAAACUUAUUGCCAAGAAUAAAGCAGAGAUAAAGAGACUCAAUGCUGUUCAUGAAGCUGAUCUUCUAGCUGCAGAUGAACGUGCCAGCAAAAGAUUUGUUGCCCAAGUGGAGGAGCUGCGCAAACAGUUAGAUGACGAGAAGGAGGCAGCAUGCACGCGUGAGCGUGAUAACGCACACAAGCGCUUUGAGAAACAAGUCGAACAGGAGGAAAACGCUUAUCAGCAGCAGAGACGACGUUUAUAUGCGGAGGUACAAGAAGAGAAGGAACGUGCAGCUGAACUUCUCAACAAGGACCGAGUUCAGCUCGCCGGGGACAGGAAGGCGAUUGAAGAGGAAUUCAAUACAAAAUCAGCCAAAGUGCAAGCCCAGCACACCUUAGAGAUGGAAAAAGUGCAGAUGGAACACGAUAACACUUUGAGAGAUCUGAAGUUACGGAUACAAGUGGAGAAGGAACAGUGGCUGGAGAAUCAGAAACAAAAGCAGGUAGCCGAGUUGAUGGCAAAGGAACGGGAAAUUCGCGAGAACUUGCGGGUAGACCGAAAUAAGGAGAUCGAAAUAGUGAUCAGCAAACUCGAGGAACAAGCUGCGUUGCAAAAAGAGGAAAGCCAGGCUACUCUCGACUGCAGAAUGAAACGACUGAAAGACAAAUACGAAUCACAGAUAGGUGACGUAGAGCACCUCAACAACACGACACAGAGUAAGCUGAAUGUCAUGAAGGAGCGUGUCACCGACCUUGAGGCUGAUAACAUAAGGUUACGAGGUCACAUCAAGUCACUGGAGAGGCAGAAUGAGGACCUUGAGAAGUUCUCGAGUCGUCUGAAAGGGGAACGAGACAAGGUUGAAGAAGUGAUAAGAGGUGAAUUCUCUGAGAGACUUGUCACAUUAGAAGAGGAAAACAAGAAUGCUAAAUCAGAGCUCAUAGAGUGUAAAACUCGACACAAAUUCGAGUUUGAGAGACAGGGCAGGCUUCACGAGGAUGAAAUGGGAGAGGUACAGAGCCGAAUAAAAACUGCUUUUGCGAAGAGAGAUGAACUGAUAAAAGAAUUGAGGGAUAAAAGUGGGCAAGCUUCGGCCCGGGCAGAUCACUUAGAAGCUCUGUUGAUAAAACAAAGAGAACAACUGCUCCGACCCGUUCCAAAAUGAGAGCUAUCAACCGUGGACCCGAACAAUUCUUUGAAAAAAUCAAUCCAAACAAUUAGACGACUCCCAUUUUAACAAAUUAAUCAAUAUCAGAAAGUUAAUUACGUUUAAGGAUGUCUAAUAGAAGGUUUUUUGACUUUUUCUUUUUACUUUGAUGGACGGAAAAGAUAAUAUAGGGAACUUUUCUCUUUUCAAGAAUAAAUGCCUAAUGUUGACUGAGUAUUGGUUGUAAAUAGCUGUGUAUAACCCUGAUUAAUUUAUUUUUAUCAGAAAACAUUUUUAG